CGUGCCAAUGCAGUCAGUCAGGCUGGGCGGCGGAGCCUUCGGUUUCGCUUUCCCGAAGAAUCGAUUCAUCCUGGACAGCCGCGAAGAAACCCAAACACUGAGGGGAAAACUAGAAACGGAAGCGGAAGCGCUCCCAGCUCAACUUCCGGCCCCCCCAAGCGCAAGCGCAGUGUGUCCGCUGGAAUUUCUCGACCCUUUUUCCGGGUUUUCAGUUGGGGCUUCCGGGGAAGGAGCACAGAGCUCUGGAGAGAGCAGGGAGGGAGCCAGCCGUGGGCGGGGCCUGGUGCGCGUGGGCGGGGCCCCGGCUGACGGGGUGGGGCUUGAGCGGCUUUCGCGGGCAGGCAGGGGCGGCAGCGUGGGGGGCGUGGCGGAGCAGCGAAAAGCAGGACCUUCAUGUUACUGCUCAGCAGGGCAGAACUGAACCAACUGUCCAAGACCUGGCCCAGGCUGUUGAAGAGGCCAGGGGGGUUCCACUGCCUUUUCAAAAGCUCAUAUUUAAGGGAAAAUCUCUGAAGGAAAUGGAGAUGCCAUUGUCAGCACUUGGAAUACAGAAUGGUUGCCGAGUCAUGUUAAUUGGAGAAAAGAGCAAUCCAGAGGAAGAAGUUGAACUAAAGAAGUUGAAAAAUUUGGAGAAGUCUGUGGAAAAGAUAGCUGACCACCUGAAAGAGUUGAAUAAAGAACUUACUGGAAUCCAGCAGGGCUUUCUGGCCAAGGAUUUGCAAGCUGAAGCCCUCUGCAAACUUGAUAGGAGAGUAAAAGCCACCAUUGAGCAGUUUAUGAAGAUCUUGGAGGAGAUUGACGCAAUGAUCCUCCCAGAAAAUUUCAAAGACAGUAGGCUAAAACGGAAGGGCUUGGUGAAAAAGGUUCAGGCGUUCCUGGCUGAGUGUGAUACCGUGGAGGAGAACAUCUGCCAGGAGACCGCGCGGCUGCAGUCCACAAACUUGGCCCUUGCUGAGUGAGGUGCGGUGGGGAGAGGCUCUGCUGCCCUGAGGAGCCGCACACUGCUCGCCUUCUCUGCAGUGGGAUCCGCCAGUUUCUCCAGAGCUGCCAGAGGCUGCCGGCCAAACGUCAGUUCUCCUACUCCUACACCCGUUCUCAAUGAAAAAGCACUGUCUCUGCAACCUUAAGUAGAGCUGGUCUCUGUUUCCUUGUUCUGCCUCUGUGCGGCUGUGCUGUCCAGCACUACUUUUUCUGCAAAGGAUCUCCCUGCCCACGUUUACCAGCUCUUUGGAGCUCCAGGUGCUUCCUGUGGGCUGGUUAGUGCUAGUGCUGGGUUUAUAAGGCGCCCUGGUCUUUACACACAUAAAGGCUCUCUUCACCUUGCAAUAGUUAUAAAACCAGAGUCAUCAGGAAAUUGCAUCUCAUCAGAUGUUUGGCACGCAGGUAAUUCACAGUUCCCUCGUGACCUCAUUCUAGAACAUCUGGAGAGAUUAUUGGUUUAAAGACCUUGUCCUCACCUCCCAAUGACCCUGUCCAGCCGCAGGCCUUGAGAUACCCAAGGCCAUUCCUGGGAUGGCACCUGUGGUUGGUGCGUGGACUUCAUUGUCCCCAAGCAAAUCUCCAGAAGUUUAGAGCCUAGUGUUGAUUGAGUUUAUUUGAAAUCAAGCCGGAACCGUGGCUUGGACAGGGCAAGGAAGGGGAGCCAGAAGGAGUAAAAUAGGUAGGGCAUGAAGUUCCAGAAGCUUCUCAGGAGUGAUACACGUUAACUUCAAUGGCGUUUGUGUUAACUGUACUCUCUGACAGCUACAUUUCCUUUGGAACUAUUCCUGUUCUGUGGAUUUCUACCAUUGUAUUAAACACCAGUUUGUGUGCCUGUCAUCAAGCA